AUGAGCGACCCCGGAGAUGAACCUUCUGAGAGUAGUAAUGAUAGGACAUUGAAUAUUUUAGAUGAUGAUUCCAAUAAUGAAUCACGCGUUGCUAAACCUUUAACUCAAGAGGAUAAACAAAUCGUUGAAUCAGCUAAUGAAAUCCUUAAUUCAUUGGAACAUGUCCAUAGGACCGACCUUACAUUACAUCUCUAUUCUUCGUUCUUAUUGAAGAAAUUACUCUAUAAAGCCAAUGAAAAGAAACACUUCUAUGCUGUAAAUAAUUUUAUUAAGACACAACUUAAAGAUAGUUGGGUUAGUUGGCCUAACCCAAAUACAAUUAUAGAUCCCCAGACGGAUAAAAUAUACGAAGAUAUGGAACUUAUGAACAAUAAAAUAUCUACUCAAGAACCAAUUAAUAUUGCUCCAAAUGAAGUAUCUGCGAAAGCCUUACGUCAUGCGAUAAAUAUGCUAGACCUUGAAUUAUCUGGUCAAUGGCAACACCUACUUGCACAAUCUUCAAAAAUAUCAGGGUUACAAUUGGAUGUGGAUAAGACAAUAAUCCCUAACGAUAUAUCUAGUGCGAUUUUCGAUAAAUUGGAUCAUUUUUUUUUAGGUUUACAUCAUAAAGUUGCUAAACAGAACAAAAUAACAGUAUCUAGAAGCAAACAAGUAACGCCAGAAAUGGAUGAAAAUCAGACAGUGGUUCAAAUUCAAAACAAAACCACUAAUGUUAAUAAACAUAUUAAAUUAACUUAUCACGAUAUAAUCGAACGUGGUUGCCAAAUGGGAGAAAACAUGGAAGAAAUAUAUAUGAAGUCCUUAGAACUUUUCAAUGACGUUCCUAAUACGUUUAAGAAACAUGAAUUUAAAUUACCUAAAAAAAUAUUGAAAACAUAUAGAUAUAAAAGGAAAAUUGGGAAGAAACCUUUACCUAAAUUUCUCUUCUCAAAGUCCGAAGAUGAUUAUUUCUCCUUAGAAGCAGUUGCUUCAAAUGCUGCAAUUCCAUGGGAGGAUAGGGAAUACUUACGGGACAUAAAUAGGAAGGAAACAGAAAUGGGUCUCAAUAAAAAGAACUUUUUUCAGGUGAAAGGUUACAAGGCUACGAAUGAUGGACUCAUAGAAAACCUAAAUUCUAAUAACAGUAGUAUACUACCGAACUAUCCAAAAAGGAAAAAAUCUUUGGUGAAUAAAGCCUGGCAGCCAGAUGUUGACGACUCUGACGUAUAUGAUAUGGAUGACUACACAGUCGAUCUCAAUAAUUUACCAUAA